CGCUGCUUGCGCACAGAUCAGGUGUAGCAUGUUCCUCUCUGCCCCGUUAUUCUUCACUCAGCCGUGCUCUGUCACGAUCUAAAACACUUUGGCAUCUCGUUCCUUUCAUUCAUCACCACGAAGACAUGCCGAGCUCCCGAAAUCGCCCUCUAAAUCAUUUGCAUUUGUCGAUAUCUGUCCUCACUCGUGUCAAUGGUCCAUCGUGCAUCAUGUUCCGUCUCCUUUCCUCUCCUCAAGGCCUGAUGAUUCACAACUGAUCUGCCAAAUGAACAAGGUUUUGCAUUCUUCGAAUGGAUGUCUUUGUUACCGACAAUUGUCAUUCAAACCUUGAACUGCAUGGAGUUAGGAGAAUGCUAUCUAGAUGUACAGAAAGCCUCGGUUGGCUCGAAUCCCAGUACAUCGGCCAUGAUUCCAAACUUCCCUUACGACUAAUUUCCAGAUAUUCCUCAACCCACCAUGCCUGCUGGCGAAGCAGUAACGUCGAUGCUCGUAUUCUUCUCAUGCUCAACAUUGUUACUCCCGAUGGAUACAGCGACUUGUCUGAGGACAUGGGAAUAUCGAAGGCCUGUGCAUUCUUCGGUCAAGAAGACACAUCGAAGUGGGCUCCUGGAGAGAGUCAGCAGACUGCCAUUGAAGCUCAGCGCGCAGAUAAAGCAGCGGAUGUUGGCUGUGUGUAUGUCAUGUAUGUUGAUACCGAAGUGCACAGACCAGUCUCGAGGCGCUUUCUGGGCGAUCCAUAGUCGGACGCUCCAUUCUCGCUACAGUUUUGGACGAGGCCAAUCAAACGACGCCCCACUUAACUUGAUCUUUGCCUCUCUGCCAGAUGCUCCUCCGCUCUCCACCUCUUGAUUGAUCACUCCUUUUGGGAGGUUAGGAGUGGUUAUCUAGUUGCUCAGUUGUGUGUACGUCCUGUACCGUUUCUGAUGUUGUUCCGUACAGAUGCU